AUUUUUUUUUGCUUAAAUAAUGCCUUAAUGUCUUAAAAACAAGUUGCAAUUGGUUUUAUAACUUAAAACAUUUUUAUGAUGUUUUUAUGAACGUACAGUCACAGCGCCGUUCUGAGCGUAUCUCAGCACGGCUGCCGCGCACACUUAGAUCUUUAAAUUUUAUAGGUAACAAGUAACUUACUUUCUAAUAAUAAGUUUCCCCAAGUAAUUGUAAAUGGCAUUAGUAAGGUUUAAAAAAGAAAUGAGAGCUUCAAUGCUACAGUUUGGAAUAGCACUCAAGAGUUUUCCAAGCGACAAGACAACACUUGACAUAGCUACUGAUAUUGCAGUUUGUGUGUUUAAUGAUAGUUUAUGCAGCAUUAUAAAAAAUUAUGAAACUCCUAGAUAUUGUCAUUGGACCAAAUUGUUACAAUUAUUGUGUAGAAGUUAACAAGAUGCGCGUACAGCAGGCCGGACGUUCGCUCAUGAACAUCGCAAAAAAGGCGCGCUCGUCCUCUACAUCAUCUCGCAAAGAAAAAGAAGAGGAAGAUAUCGCCAUAAAAGGGUAAUUGUAUUUCGCGCCUCUUCCUCAAGAUAACAACGUAGUACUCCUCAAUUAUAUGCCGAGGGCGCCACACUUUCAAAGCUAAACAGAAAGUUUUCUUCCAUACGUCUCCACUCGCACGGGUCCAUGACGUCAUUCUUCGUUUUUGUGCCGAUGCAGUCACAUCGUUAGAAUAUCUGGUCAAGAAAUAUGGGAAAGAGAAAACAUAAUAGAUCCGAUUCCGAAGAGGAAUCUAAAGAGAAUAGGUUGGAAAAGAAAUUAAGAAAAUUAAUGAAGGAGGUUAAGAGUUACAAGAAGCAGAGGCGCAGAGAGCGCGCAAGUAAGUAUCGAUGCAGUAUAAUUGAGGUUAUGUUCGCAUAAUAACGACACCGUCGAGCAGCAGCGAAGUCUUCACUCACUCGGCCACUCGCUCGACCGUCUCGUCCUUCGAGGACGCGCUCACCGAACGUUCUCGAAGUCAACGACGACGAGCGUGCGCCUCGCCGCUCUCGCAGCGUGCGCACACGUGCAUGGCAACUAUCGAGAAUCACGGCGUAGAUGUCACACGUGUCAUAGGCUCUAACCUAGUGACAAAAAUCGAGGCGCUUCUCGAUUGAUGUAAAAAUCUCUCACCCGUGAUGUAGGUUCUAACCUCUAACGAAAAAUACAGCAGUUUAUGCUGAAUGAGUUUAAUCCGUGCUUUAUGCACGGAAAUUAGCACACGAGUCACGUCAUGGGCGCUAACCUACUGACGAGUCACAGGCGCUAACCUGGUGAUGAGUUUUUACUCGAGACAAGAGACAUAACAAGUCUCAAAGUGUGCAUUCCAAACUAAUAGUCCGUUUUACGGAGAUUAUGAUUUUCGAUGUAAAACUUUAACGUAAGCGUAUUCACUUAAGUCAAAUAAAUUAAAUGAACAAAUUUUGAUUAAAUUAAAUAAUUAUGAUUGUUAGGAAGCCGUGAGUCGGAGGACAGGAGUCGGGAUCGAAGUCGGUCGAGUUCGUUCGGCACAGACAUAAGAGAUCUGUCACAAAGUCCGCCAAAUAUCUCACCUAGUCCCCGAGCAGCCUUGUUAGAGAUGGAUCAACAAUCUUAUUUGGGAAUAAAUGAGGUUGAGCAGGAAGUAAAUGAAGUCUUGCUUGACGAGUUAGCCAUAAAUCCUCCGCAGGAAACUUCCAAUGGCAGGGCUGCAACGCCGAUGAAAUCGGCAACGGAGACACAGCAGGUGGAGAAGCCUAAUACGAACUCUUCCGCGGUAGAGCUGCAAAAAUCUGAUAAUCCCAGCCAAGAGGAUAAGAGGGUGAUUGAGGACCUUGAUGAAGAUAUCCUCGAGGCAAUUGGUAGCAGAGUAGCGGAAGAAAGGGUAUUGGCGCCAGCCAUUCCCAACAGUAUCGCUGUGCGCAUUGAAGGAAUUUUAAAGAAAGGGUUACCGAAAGAAGAGAGAGAGAAGCUGUUAGAGGCACACGUACCUCCCAAGAAUUGCGUAUUAACCGAUCCGCCAAAGCUCAACGAUGAGGUCAAGGUCUCAAUCAACGAGACAUCGAAGAAGCAAGAUGAUCGGAUCGUAGAGAAACAGAAAAAGAUCACCGCUUGUUUGGCCUUGUUGGGAAGUUCGAUCAGAGACAUUAUCGACAAAAAUAAAACAGAAGGGAACCCCAAAUUGUCAACCACGCAGAUUGAGCUUGUUAAGAAACUCAGUGAAGCGGCGCGCCUCCUAGCAGAUUUGCAAAGAGACGAAACGCAGACGCGUAGGAGUUUAAUUCUUGCAGCUUUGAGCAGCUCGCAAAAGGAAACACUCGAAUCAGGUGAGGCGGAUGAAUGGUUGUUUGGACAAAAAUUAGGAGAUCGUCUUAAAGCGGCAAAGUCGAUUGAACGAUCAGGAAAAGAACUUAAGACAAAGUCUAAAGGCACGGAGAAAUCAAAAAACUCCAAGACCCCGUCUCGACGCCAAUCGUUCAAGUCCAGAACGUCAGGCGGGUACCAGAAAGGAGGUUACAAUCGGAACCAAGGAAAGAACUGGACUCGGAAAAGAACGCGCAAGAACUUUCGAACACAAACUCCAACGGAGCAAAAGAAAACAUAAAUUCCAACGUGGUAAGU